AUGGCAUCCAAAUCGAUUGUUUCAAAGACCUUGACCGGCUUGUCGCGGCCAGUUCACCCACCAUCUAUGCGUAUUGGAAUCUUUAGGCCUACACAAAGUGCCUAUGCCAAAAUUUGGAACCGUCUUAGUUCCACAAAUGCAUCUACAACUGGUGAUGCUCUACAUGAAUAUUUUGCGGUAGUUUGGAAUAAACAAAACGUCGGUUUGCAUACUGCAAAGGAGGAGAACUUGAAAUUUGCCGAUGAUCAGGUGCAGAUCACUUUCUUCGGCGAGAUGCAGAUACAGGCUGGAUCGGAACAGGCGGGCAUAUGCUUUGCGUGUCAAGCACCAAGCGAAGAACGUGUGCGACUCGCUAUCCUCGCCCAUGAGGAAAAGUUCAAGGGAAUCUGGGAUAUAGAAAAGAUAGAUAUCUCUGCUCUCGAGACCGUACAUACUAGCGACUUUGAAAAGGAAUAA